UGUCGUUUUACGUUGCUGAAGACUCUGAAAAGUCAAUGGUUUUGAAUUGAGGAGCUUUUGGCAAUGUUCAAUAUUUCAAGCCUGCACACUGCUACCUAGGUUGCUUUAUCAUCAACUCUUGUGCUUGCAAUUUUACUUUGUUUCUUGGGAAAAAAAUGUCUCUGACUAUUACAGAUAGUGGUGUUGAAUAUGAUGAAUAUUGUUUCAAGAAUAGUGGGAGUGGGGUGUGUGAGAUAGAGGAAGAGAUAAAUUCAACAGAGCUGUUUGAGAUCAAAGAAGAGUUUGAGGGGAGUUUGUUCUCAGUGGAUUUUCAUGGUCGAGAUCAUCAGGAUAGUGUAUAUGUUGCUGUGGGGAAGAGUGAGUCUAGCAUGUAUGCUCUUUCAUGGACAUUGCAGCACCUGGUCAAUCCUUCAACUAUCAUCUAUCUCAUUCAUGUUUUCCCUGAAAUCAAACACAUUCCUUCUCCAUUGGGAAGGUUACCAAAGAGCCAAGUGAGUCCAGAGCAAGUGGAGACCUACAUGGCUCAAGAAAGAGGCAAGAGGAGAGAACUUCUGCAGAAAUUCUUUGAUGCAUGCGCUGCUUCCAAGGUGAAGGUAGACACCAUGCUUAUCGAGAGUGACAAUGUUGCAAAGGCCAUUGUGGACCUUAUCCCAAUUCUCAUCAUCAGGAAAUUAGUAGUUGGAAUUUCAAAACCUAAUCUAAGGAAAUUGAAGUCCAGAAAAGGGAAUGGCACAGCUGAUCAGAUACUGCAGAGUGCAACAGAGGCUUGUGAGAUUAAGAUAAUAUGUGAAGGAAAGGAAGUGAUUGAUCACAUGAUUGAAUCACCAUCUCCACGUGGCAAUGAUAACAAUACCAAGGCCAUACAACAGAAGGAUGAAAAUGAAUCCAAAGAUUCCUUCUCAUGCAUGUGCUUUAAGCCUAAGUUUAUUUGAUAAACAUACCAGACAAUAUUUCAAAGUCAUGUGACAUGAAUCGAAAUUUCAAUAUAUACCAAAUCUUCAUGUUGGGUUGGGAAA